UGAGCUUCCGUAGUCUGUAGGAGGAAGCCGACGUUAAUGGCCAUAUUUCUCUUGCUUUCUGUUUUGGCAGAACAAGAAAUAAACAAUGACGAGUUGCGCCGACUGCCGCUCCAUGUUUGAUUUGUGCUCUGAAGAAGAGGUUUUUGAGCUGAAAGAGGUGAAUCCCAUUCUUAAAGAGACCCCGAACCCUGCCCCAGCUGCCAGUGUGGAGGAUAAAAAUCCAGAAGAUGCCGGAAAGGAAGAGGGAACCCUUAUUAAAGAAGUGUCAGACAAGAUGGUCUGCUCAGCCUGCAGAUGUCCCUUCAUCAACCGUGAAGAACAGAGGGAGCACUACAAGCUCGACUGGCAUAGAUUCAACCUGAGACAAAAGAUAGCAGGGUUGCCUCCACUCACUGCAGAGGAGUUUGAGAGGAAGACUGGAGAUGGAGACUUGUCAAGCAUCUCAGGCUCCGAGUCUGAUUCAGAGGAAGAGGACUUUGACAACGACAGCAGGGAGGCAGGCAGUCGAGUGACCAGCACAGACGAGGAGAUGUCGGCCGAGUCCCAGCUGAGCACUGGUCGGCUCUACAGCAAAGUGUUUUUCCAGAACUCGGCAGGAGACUAUCUGUCAUUCUACCGGUGCGUGUUGCACGGAAAGUCGGAUGAUGUGCAUGAUGCAGUCUCCUCUCUGAAGGCCAUAAGUAAAAAGACAGUGUGGGUUAUUCUAAUGACGGGAGGGGGGCACUUUGCUGGUGCCGUGUUUGAAGGAAAACAAAUUCUUCAGCACAAGACCUUCCACCGAUAUACAGUGCGAGCAAAGCGAGGGACUGCUCAAGGGCUCCGGGACUCUCAGAACCGGAGUCGCAUGGCAAAGUCUGCGGGAGCCGCUCUGAGGCGACACAACGAGGCCUCACUUGUCAAGGACGUUCAGGACCUUUUAGUAACCUGGGCCGAGCACUUGAACAAGGCCUCUGCAAUAUUUAUACGAUCCCCGAGCUACAACAGGGUGAUCUUUUUCGGGGGCUCUUCAGCCCCGCUCAACAAAAAAGAUCCCCGCAUCCGCACGAUCCCCUUCGCCACACGCAGAGCAACAUUUCGAGAGGUGCAGAGGGUACAUGAGGUGCUUUCUACCAUUCAGGUGUACGGAAAAGACACAGACAUGUCUGCGGUCUUCAGUCCGCCGAAGAAAGCCUGGAAAAAAACAGUCAAAUCGACAGCACAAAAAAACACUGAUCAAGAGGAAGGAAAAGAACAAGAAAACAAUCACAGCUCGGAUAAAGAAGAGGAAGGGGAGAUCCAGCUGGAGAUGGUGGAGCUCACGUUAGGAACCCUGCACCUCAGGGAGUCAGAAAUAUAUCCCUCCAGGCACAAAAGGAGGCGGAGGAGAAGAAAGGAGGACGACAAAAGCCAAAAUGAAGAAAUGAACGAUGUGGAAGCAGAUGAUCAAAGAGAGGGUAUGCCAGAGGCCGCAGAAGCAGAAGGUACUCUUAAACAGAUGCCUGCUGUGAAAAAGAAGAAUAGGAAAGCACCAAGUAAGAAGCAGCAAGAAGAUGCGGCUGAUGACUCAUGUGACUACGGCUUGAAGGAUGGACUCUAUACAGCCUGCAAGGUUGGAGAUGUGAGUGCGCUCUCUAACCUCCUCCAGCCGCCCGAGGAAAUGGCGGAGAAUCAGGAACAGUCGGAGAGCAACGCCUCUGUGUUUCCAAAUCCACAAACUCUCUUGAAUAAGCCCAUAGACUCGUCAGGGUUCACUCUGCUGCACGUCGCUGCAGCAGCGGCUCAAAAGGCAGCAGUCAAGAUGCUCCUGGAUGCAGGUGCAGACCCAGCUUGCAGGGAUAAGAAAGGCCAGACCCCAUAUAUCGUCGCCCCUGACAAAGACACAAGGAACGUCUUUCGUAAAUAUAUGGCUGAGAAUCCCGACAAGUACGAUUACAGCAAGGCACAGGUCCCUGGGCCGCUAACAGCAGAGAUCGAAUCUAAAAUGUCUGAGAAGAAAAAGGCGCAGAGGGCACAGAGAAAACAACGAGAGAAAGAACAGAAGGAGGACAAGCGGCUACAAGAGCUGGAGGUAGAAGAAAAGAAGAGGUUUGCAUCCUUGACGGAUCGUGAAAAGAGGGCUCUGGCGGCAGAAAAGAGAUUGGCACAGCAAGCAGCUGCAACAGGAGUCAGCCUCUCGAAUAUCAAGAGAUGCUGGUGUUGUGGGGAAUCUCUUCUUGGGAAGAUCCCAUUUCAUUACCUGGAGUUUACAUUCUGCACUCCCCGCUGUGUUCAAGCGCAUCGAAAAGGAAACGUUCCUUCAGGAGGGACCCAACGUCUAGAAAAUGUUUGACAGGAUCCUCCCUCUGUGAAACAUCUUGAAAGUUGGACUAUUAAAACCGUCUUCCAGUGUUAUUUUUUUAUUGUGAAAAAAAAAAAAAAAAAACACCUUUCAAAUGUCUUUUUAUUGUGGCAAAUAACCUGAGACAACUGGAUGGCAAUACUGCAUUUGAAUAUCAUGAAAUGAAUGUACGAUUUAUUUACAGUAUGAGUAAUUAAGAAAUUAUUGAAAUGGAAUUUAAAAAGAAAGAUGCAAUAAAUUUAAAAAUGUCACUUAAUAAAAUCAAAUUAUACUAACUCAUUGUGGUAGGUUUAUAAAAACCACAUUCAGUUAGAUUUUUUUUUU